AUGAUUGCUGAAGUGAUGGCCACCGAAGACAACGACAGCCAAUCUUGGGAUCAAAUCAAUCACAAAGACAUGGAUUUGAUUGAAAUCAAGAAUCAGUUGAAAGCAAUCAAAAUUUUUUGUGAAAAAUUAAACAAAUUUCAGAUCAUUUUGAAUACAAAUAAUGUUUUGAAUGAAACGAUUGAAUCACUAAAUCAUUUGGAUUUCAAUCAAACAAUUGAUUGCAAAACAUUCAAAAUCAGUGAAACAAUGCUUUCAAUUAAUGAAACCAAAAGCAGUGAUAAUUUGAUUGCAAUUAAUAAUACAAUUAAUAAUAAUAAUAAGUAUUUCCACUGUUUUUGGCCUAAAUGUGAAUAUAAGAGUAAAAACAAAAACAGUUUACCUUCACAUCAAUUAAUUCAUUCAAAUGUUAGACAAUUUAAAUGUGAUUUUAAUAAUUGCAACAAAAGUUAUAAAUGGAAAACACAAUUAUCGAAACACAAAAAUAUUGUUCACUUGAAUUACCGAUUUGUUUGUGGUUUUAAUGACUGCAACAAAUGGUUUACCGAUAAAUCAUAUUUAGUUCAUCACAAAAGUUAUGUUCAUUUGAAUAAAAAACAAUACAAACCAUUCAAAUGUAAUGAAGAAAAGUGUGGAAAGAGUUUUGCAAUUAAAAGCAAUUUAAUUAUAAAGGGCUGGUCAAGUAAUUUUGACGCUCGCGUUUUGGCCAUUACUCCUAAACCAUAA